AUGGCAGCAAGACAACCAGGAUUGACCAACCUGACGAAACCCGGAAACGCAUUCAGUGUCAAAGGCAAAAGCGCCAUAGUCACUGGUGCGGGAUCAGGUAUCAACUUCUCUUUUGCAGCCUUGCUUCUCAGCCAUGGCUGCUCCGUCCUUAUAGCCGAUCUUUCGCUUCGCCCGGAAGCAGAGCAACUGGUCAAAGAAUACAGUACAAAAGAGCAAGGGAGACCACGAGCCGUCUUUCUCAAGACCGAUGUCACGGAUUGGCCACAACUGGAGCGCAUGUUCGAAGUAGGAAUAAAGGACUUCGGAAAAGUCGACAUUGUAUGUCCAGGAGCAGGCAUCUACGAUCCCCACUGGAGUAACUUCUGGCAUCCUCCAGGCGUUGAUGGCGGCGCGAGCAGAGACAAGGCGGACGGGGGACGAUACGCGACUCUCGACAUCAACGUGACGCAUCCCAUCCGCACGACCCAGCUCGCUAUAUCGCACUUUCUCAACCCACCUCCUGGUGUAGAUAGAGUGAGUGCGCAGAAUCCGAAGAGAGUCAUCAUCAUCUCUAGUAUUGCAGGUCAGAACCCCAACCUCCAUGCGCCGAUAUAUACGGCGGCCAAGCACGGGAUGAACGGUUUUGUACGGUCUCUGGGUACGCUCGAAGCGGAGAUGAACAUUCGCGUCAAUGCCGUCGCUCCGGGCGUCAUCAAGACACCACUGUGGACCGAGCAUCCGGAGAAAAUGACCUUCAUUGACGAGACCAAGGAUGCGUGGGCGACACCCGAAGAAGUGGCGGUCGCCAUGUUGAGAUGCUUGGAAGAAGCUGAUUUGGGCGGAGGCACAAUCCUUGAGGUGGGCGCGAAGCAGACGAGACUAGUGGAGGCAUUCAACGAUCCAGGUCCGAGCGGAGCAGGUCAUACUGUUAGCAAUCUCCAGGAACAAUACAAGGAGGUGUACGGAUGGCUGAACCAAGACGGAUGGGGCAAGACGACUGGCAAAGCAAAGUUGUGA